AUGUGAAACUUGGUUGGAGCAAAUAAGAUUUGCACUGAUAGAAAUAUAGCAAGAGAGCAUAUGCUACAUUUAGCAAGGCUUAAGAAAAUGAAAUCUACAGUAAAUUGCAAUCCGCCUCGAACUAUGUCACAUCUUAAAGUUAAAGCAAAGAAAGAGCAAAUUAAAAGAGAUAAAGAAGAAAUAGUUGAGCAUGAUAAUAAGCUACUACUUAAAAAAAUGUUGGAAAUUGACAAAAAACCAUCUUCCGUUACUCCUAGAUGCCUAGGAACUCCUCGAAACAAGUCAUUGAAUAAGGUAAAUAGAUUAAAUGAAUUAUCUCGAAUAGCAAGAGAAAAUCGAAAAAUAUUAAAACAGAUACAGCUUGCAAAACCAUCUUACUCAAAUCAUAAACUUAAGAAGGAUUAUGAAUACAAGCAAUAUCUCUCCCACAAUUUAUCAGAGAAUGCAGGCCGAGUUCCCAGGUCAGUUAGUUUCACAUCUGAGUCAUUUGUUACAAGUUCAGUAAGUAUUGAAGCACCAAGGCCACUUAGUGCUGUUCAGCAAAGAAGUGUAGAAACUAGUUUAGUUAGACCUAUGACUGCUGAUGGGAGAAAUAGGAUCGCUAAAUCAUUUUUAUAA